AUGGCGCUCUCGGCGGCUCGUCGGGACUGGGGAAUGCGACUGCUGCCGCGCUCGUCUCGCUUGUCCCGCACUGCGCCCGUCACAUAUGCCGCGGAACCGGAAGACGAUCAACAGCUCUCUCUCUCGAACUCCUGGCGGGUCAUCUCGCACGGCGCGUUCACGGACUCGCGCAUCGGCAUUGUCCUCCUCGUCGCCGCGCUCGAGCUCGUCCGCGGAACGCGACGUGAGUACGACGUGCUCCUGCAGCGCACGAACGCGGCGCAGCACCCCGUCCGCGCGCUGCAACACAUGAUCCAGCUCGCGGGCGCGUACUUCGUCAUGCUCCUCGCGAUUUUGUCGCUCGACGAUGCGUGCCUCUCCAGUGAGGGCGCGGAGCCGGGUCGGCCCAUGUCCAUUGUGCCGCAGGAUACACCACAGACGCGCCAUAGCUGCUGA